AUGAGGUGUUGAGUUGAGAUACGUGUUUAUCAGCAAUUUUUUAUAGCUUAUUUGAAUUGAUAAUGUCUCUGGAGAAGAAAACUAACGAUAGUCUAGCAGCGUUUGAGCAUCGCCAACCGCUGGUAUUUUUCGUCAAUGGAAAGAAGGUUACUGAAGCUAGUCCCGAUCCGCGAUGUACCCUUCUCAUGUAUCUACGAGAAAAGCUGCGUCUCUGUGGAACCAAGCUGGGAUGCGCCGAAGGUGGAUGUGGUGCAUGCACUGUGAUGAUAUCCAAGAUUGAUCGCUCCACCGGUCGAGUUCAUAACUUGGCGAUCAACGCGUGUCUCAUGCCGGUAUGUGCCGUUCAUGGAAUGGCCGUUACCACAGUGGAAGGAAUCGGAAGUACACGGACUCGUCUCCACCCAGUUCAGGAACGCAUUGCAAAGGCUCACGGUUCACAGUGUGGAUUCUGUACGCCAGGUAUGGUUAUGACGAUGUAUGCGUUGCUAAGAAGUUCGCCAGUGCCUUCGAUGAAGGAGCUGGAUGCGGCCUUCCAGGGAAAUCUAUGUCGCUGCACCGGAUACAGACCGAUUGUGGAGGGAUAUAAGACAUUCACUAAAGAAUUUGGAGUUUGCGCUAUGGGUGAAAAAUGUUGCAAGAACCAAGCGGGAAAAUCGAAUGACUGUGGAAUAGAAGUUCACGAUAAACUGUUCCAAAUCAGUGAAUUCAUGCCAUUUGACCCAUCUCAAGAACCAAUAUUUCCUCCAGAGUUGAAACUCUCCGGAUCACUAGACGUUGAAUCGCUAGUCUUUCAAUCAUCUAAUAUCAGUUGGUACCGACCUGCCAAUCUAGAGCAUUUGCUAGCUCUCAAGAAGCGUCAUCCUGAAACGAAGAUCGUCGUCGGCAAUACAGAGGUCGGUGUUGAAGUGAAGUUCAAGCAGUCCGAAUAUCCAGUGCUGGCGUACGUAGCGCAGAUCAAAGAAUUAUGCUCUGUUGAGAAGAGUGAUGGAGGAUUGAAGAUAGGCUCGUCUGUGACUCUUUCGGAAAUUGAUCGAAUUCUGAAGGAAGAGAUCGACACAAGUCCCGAGCACGAAACGAGAUUGUACAAAGCCAUCGUCGAAAUGCUGCACUGGUUUGCCGGUAUGCAAAUUAGGAAUGUGGCGUCUGCUGGUGGAAACAUCAUGACUAGUAGCCCGAUUUCGGAUUUGAAUCCGAUCUUCGCUGCUGCGGGUGUCGAACUAGAAGUUACUAGCCUCGAUGGUGGUAGUCGCAAAGUACGCAUGGGAGAUGGCUUCUUUACUGGAUAUCGUAGAAACGCCAUACGUCCGGACGAAGUACUCGUAUCGCUUUUCAUUCCGAAAACCAUCGAGAAUCAGCAUUUCAUAGCCUACAAACAGGCGAAACGGCGGGAGGACGACGUCGCCAUCGUUAAUGGAGUGUUCAACAUAACCUUCAAACUGGGAACUGACAUCGUUGAACAGGCUCAUCUGGCCUUUGGUGGAAUGGCUCCUACUACUGUAUUGGCCAAGAAAACUAGCCUCGCAAUGGUCGGCAAGAAGUGGGAUAGCAAGCUCGUCGAACUGGUCAAUGAACUGUUAGUGCAAGAGCUUCCUCUGAGUCCCAGUGCCCCAGGUGGAAUGAUCCUCUACCGUAGAUCAUUGACGCUCGGCUUGUUUUUCAAGGCCUAUUUGUUCAUCAGUGAUUCGCUCUCACGCACUGUCGUGAGUCAUGAACCUGUUCAAGAUCGGGAGCGAAGCGGCGCCGAAACCUUCCACUCCAUGCUACCGAAAAGUGCUCAACUUUUCGAAAAGGUCUCCUCAGAUCAAGCAACUACCGACCCGAUCAGAAGACCCCAAGUCCACGCUUCGGCUUACAAGCAAGCUACUGGCGAGGCGGUUUUUUGUGACGAUAUACCCAAGUACAGCGAUGAAUUAUAUCUUGCCCUGGUAACCAGUACGAAGUCUCACGCUAAGAUACUCUCCAUAGACGCAACGGAAGCACUCGAGAUGAAAGGAGUCCAUCGAUUCUUUUCCGCAGCAGAUCUUGCCGAUGAUCAGAAUCAGUUUGGACCUGUAGUUUGUGAUGAAUUUGUUUUCUGGAAAGACUUGGUCACUAGCCAAGGUCUUAUUAUUGGUGCAGUAGUAGCCGACGAUCAAACCAUUGCUCAGAGAGCAGCCCGCAAGGUCAAGGUAGUGUACGAAGAACUGUCUCCGAUCAUCGUAACGCUGGAAGAUGCCAUCAAAAAAGAAUCUUUCUUCCCUGGUUAUCCGAAGUGCAUGACCAAGGGUGACGUCGAUAACGGCUUCAAACAAGCACACCGAGUUAUAGAAGGAGACUGUAGAUUGGGAGGGCAGGAACACUUCUAUAUGGAAAUGCACACUUGCCUAGCUGUGCCGAGGGACUCGGAUGAGAUCGAACUGUUCACCGCCACUCAACAUCCCAGUGCGAUUCAGGGGUUCGUGGCACGUGCUUUGAACAUUCCUUCGUGUAAGGUCUUCUCGCGUGCGAAGCGAUUGGGCGGAGGUUUUGGAGGGAAGGAGUAUCGUUCACUAUUGCUGGCUGUUCCAGUAGCUCUGGCGGCUUACAAACUACGUCGACCUGUACGAUGCGUGCUGGAUCGUGAUGAGGAUAUGGCCAUAACUGGUACUCGCCAUCCUUUCUAUAUUACGUAUAAAGUUGGGGUUGACGAAGUCGGACGAUUGCUAGCUGCAGAUUUCAAAGCCUACAACAAUGCCGGUUGUUCCAUGGAUUUGUCGUUUUCGGUUUUGGAUCGAGCCAUGUUCCACAUCACCAACGCUUACGACAUACCGAAUCUUCGGGUACAAGGUUGGGUCUGCAAGACGAAUCUACCAUCGAACACCGCAUUCCGAGGCUUCGGUACUCCUCAAGCUAUGUUGGCCACUGAAACGAUGAUGCAUCAUGUAGCCAGAACUCUGAAUCGAGACUACGUAGAGUUGGCUGAAUUGAACAUGUGUAAUAGCGGAUAUAUAACGCAUUACAAACAGCAGAUUGAGAAUUGCAACAUUCAAAAAUGCUGGAGAGAGGUGACCGAAUCUUCCGAUUUCAAAGCUCGUCGAGUCAAUGUUGUGCGAUUCAACGAGCAGAACCGCUGGCGUAAACGUGGUAUCAGCCUGGUUCCCACAAUGUAUUCGAUAGGAUUUGACACUAUUCACAUGAACCAAUCGGGUGCCCUCGUCCACGUGUAUCAAGAUGGAACGGUAUUAUUGUCCCAUGGAGGCGUUGAGAUGGGUCAAGGCUUGCACACUAAAAUGAUUCAGAUAGCCGCUACGGUCCUUAAGGUACCGUUUGAUCUAAUCCAUAUAUCCGAAACGUCGACGGAUAAGGUUCCGAACACCCCUCCUACGGCGGCAAGUCUGGGAUCGGAUCUCAACGGUAUGGCCGUACUGAAUGCUUGCCAGAUCAUCGAUGACCGUUUAAAGCCAUACAAAGAGGAAUUCCCCGACAAGGACUGGAAAUUCUGGAUCACCAAGGCGUAUUUCGAUCGAGUGUCUCUGUCCGCUACAGGGUUCUAUUCUACUCCCGGCGUACACUAUGAUUGUCUAACGAGAACCGGGAAGCCAUUCAACUACUUCGUAUACGGAGCUGCAUGUUCCGAGGUAGAAAUCGACUGCCUUACCGGUGAUCAUCAAGUGAUUCGCACGGACAUCGUAAUGGACAUUGGUUCUAGUAUUAAUCCGGCUAUCGAUAUUGGACAAAUUGAGGGCGCCUUUUUGCAAGGUUAUGGCCUUUAUACGCUAGAAGAAAUGGUGUACUCUCCGGAUGGGACGCUGAUUUCACGAGGUCCGGGCAGCUACAAGAUUCCCAGUUUCGGGGACAUCCCCGGUGAGUUCAAUGUUUCGUUGUUGACGGGAGCACCGAAUCCGAGAGCCGUUUAUUCAUCGAAAGCCGUAGGAGAACCACCGCUGUUUUCGGCAUCCUCCAUAUUCUUUGCCAUCCGGGAAGCCAUCGCGGCUGCACGGAAAGAGGAAAACUUGGACAACGAUUUCAAUUUGGUCUCACCGGCUACCGCCGCAAGGAUUCGGAUGGCUUGCCAGGAUGGCAUUACCAGCAGGUUUGCAGAAGCUGAACCUGGAUCGUUCGUUCCAUGGAGUGUUAUGCCUUAAGCUCGGCUCUAUCAAUACAAUAUUUGGCAAUUAUUUUACUUUUCUAAUAUUCUAGCUAUAUAAAAUGUCGGUUACAUUGAACA